AUGUUGAUUGUGACACCAGAUAAAAUUGAGGCACCGUCGUCAUCGACGACUCCAGAACCUCUAGCUCUGCUGCCCGUCUCAUCUUGCUCGGUGACUUCUUCUCCGGCGAGUUCGACUUCGACUUCGACUUCGUCAACCUCGCCAGCGUUGAUCGUCAGCACCACCACCAGCACCAGCAACACCACCGUUAUGUCUGGUGACCAUCGCCCGGUGAUUCGCUAUCCCUCGGAGUAUGUCAAACUCAAUAUCGGCGGGUCCUUGCACUACACGACCAUCAGCACUCUCAGGAAGCAUGACACUAUGUUGCGCGCUAUGUUCAGUGGCCGUAUGGAUGUUCACACUGAUUCUGAAGGUGGUUGGAUAUUGAUAGACAGAUGCGGAAAACAUUUUGGAACAAUUUUAAAUUUUCUGAGAAACGGAUCAGUAGCUCUCCCAGAAAGCACUAAAGAAAUAACCGAGCUGCUGGUAGAAGCCAAGUACUACUGCAUCAGCGAGCUAGCAGAAUCAUGUGAACAAGCACUUUUAAGAAAAGAACGCGAAGCUGAGCCUAUUUGUAGAGUUGCUUUAAUAACUUCCCAAAGAGAAGAGCAAUUGCUCAUUAGCAGUACUACCAAACCAGUUGUUAAGUUACUUAUCAAUAGGCAUAAUAAUAAAUAUUCAUAUACAAGCACAUCAGAUGAUAAUUUACUGAAAAACAUCGAAUUGUUCGAUAAAAUGUCUUUGAGAUUCAAUGGAAGAGUCUUAUUUAUUAAAGACGUUAUCGGUUCUAUUGAAAUAUGCUGUUGGACGUUUUAUGGACAUGGAAGAAAAGUCGGAGAAGUCUGUUGUCAUUCAAUUGUUUAUACUACUGAUAAAAAACAUACCAAGGUGGAGUUCCCAGAAGCUAGAAUUUACGAAGAAACAUUAAACAUUUUAUUAUACGAGCAUCGUAAUGGCCCGGACCAAGAACUGAUGCAAGCAACGUCAUCCCGUGGAGCAGUUGGCGGCGGACCGCCUUGUACGAGCGACGAAGAAGAGGGCGAGCGUUCCGGGUUAGCCCGUCUCCGGACCAACAAGCAGAACACCAACUGA